GCUAUUAGUAGCAUCGCAGAGCGCCGAUAUUUGCGAAAUCCAGAAUCAAAAGUUCCUCGCGGUAGGUACCUACCUACAUGCUUUCAAUUGAAAUGCAUUUAGGCAAAGUGGAAGUAUGGUAGGCUUACGUAGGCUAGCAUAACAACUAUAAUGAAUGGCGUUGGCUUACCAGCUGGGUUGGGUGGGUCAGUCAGUCAAUCCGUUCUUGAUUGAAAACAAAUCGUUUAUUAGUUCUUCCGCGCGCGAGCAGUACACAAGUGUUUUCAGCAGAAAAAAAAGAGUUCCGAAUCGAAUUAGUGAGAGCAGCUAACAAGUUUUGAUUGCAAUCAGCGAGUUCUCGAAGCUGAUGCAACGAUCGGCUUUGUGAGAAUUUCUGCAAAUCCAUCAUGCACAUGCCAAAGAAUCCAUAAGCUGUCAUGUUCAAAAGUGAUAGUAACUAUAGAUAGAACUGUUCUUAAAAACGACUGUGAAUCAGUGUAUCAGUGUAAUCACUGAUUGGCAGAUUGCGGAUAUUCCGCAAUAUCCGUCGAAGCCUGCAGAACACCAAAGAACCUAUUGCGGAAUUUAUCCACUGCUGUUGAAGAACUUUCCAACGAAAUGUUACUAGCGUUCUUCGCGUUGAGCGCUCCUCUAGUGGCCGUACUGAUAUGGCUGCAAUUCCGGUACUGGACUCGAUGUGGCGUUCCUCAGUUGGAUCCAUCUUUCCCCUUCGGGAACUUCAGCGAGUUCUUCUGCCAGAAGAACGGUAUUCCUUCGACGUACGCUAAUCUCUACCAUCGGACCAAACACCUCCCGUACGUGGGAAUCUACCUAUCCCUACGUCCGGCCCUGCUCAUAAACGAUCCCGAACUGGUGAAAAACAUCCUGACGCGGGAUUUCGAACACUUCCACGACCGAGGAAUCCACGUGGAUGAAGAAACCGAUCCCAUGAGUGGCCACCUCUUCGCCCUGGGCGGUGUCAAGUGGAAGAACCUCCGUGCUAAACUGACCCCGACGUUCAGCUCCGGAAGCCUGAAGGAGAUGUUUCCGCUGCUGGUUGAGAAGGCGAAUAUUUUGCAGCGGCGCUUCCUCCAGGAGAUUGCCUCGUCGGAGGUUGUCGAGGUGAAGGAACUGGCCGCUUGCUACACGUCGGACGUGAUCGCUUCGGUGGCGUACGGAAUCGACAUGGAUUCCAUCAACAACCGAGACGAUCUGUUCCGACGGAUGGGCGAGAAGGUGCUGGCCCACGAUUUGAUUACUUCGCUCCGUUUGGCUUUGGCGUUUUGGUUCCCAAAGCUGAAGGUGAUGCUCGGAAGUAAAUCAAUAGCACCGGUGAUUCAGGAGUUCAUGACCGAACUGGUACGGAAGACCAUAGAACAUCGUGAAAAAGAAGGAGUCCACCGAAAGGAUAUGAUGCAGCUACUGCUGCAGUUGCGCAAUGGCGUGAGCUUGAAGCGUAACGGCGAACAAUGGACGGAGGAUUCUGCGUCCAAGAAUCCGAUCAAAAGCCUAUCAAUAGAUGAAGUAACUGCCCAGGUGAUGGUCUUCUUUGUAGCUGGCUACGAAACCUCUUCAUCUACCGUGUCGUUUUGUCUCUUUGAACUCGCUAGACAUCAGGAUAUCCAGGCUAAAGUGCAUCAAGAAAUUGACAGCGUGCUUGCGCAGCAUGAAGGUGCCCUCACCUACUGCAGUCUGGCAUCCAUGAAGUACGUCGAGCAGUGCCUGGAAGAAACCGUCCGGAAGUAUCCACCGGUAGCGAUCCUGAACCGAGAGUGCACCAAGACCUACCGCAUCCCGGAAACGGACGUGACCAUCGAAAAGGGCACCCCCAUUGUGGUUCCUCUGAUGGGGAUGCACCGUGAUCCCGAAUAUUUUCCCCAGCCGAACGACUUUCAACCGGAGCGGUUCGAAGGAGGAGCCCCGAGCAAGGCGUACUUUGGGUUUGGAGCGGGACCACGGCUGUGCAUCGGCAUGCGACUGGGUAUUCUGCAAUCGAAGGUGGCUGUGGUAACGCUUCUCAGAAAGUUCCGGUUCAGUCUGGCCAAUCCGGAGGACCAGUGCAACGAGCUUAGGAUGAAACCGCGAUCGUUUAUACUGACGACCGAGGGCGGUAUUCAACUGGUGGUGCAACAACGGCAUGUUGAAACAGCAUGACAUGAGUGCGAGCAAUGUUUAAGUUUAGCAAGACAUCGAUUCAAUAAAGAAAGGAAAACUUUG